UGAAUAAGUGCGAGACUAAAAAAAAAAAUUAUAAAAAAUUGAGAGUAUCAAAAAAGAAAAGUACUUGCGAAAAUGGAUAUUUCGGGUGUUCACGACGAUUGGGAACAUCAAGUGACGCCAUUAUUGCAAGAUAUGUCAAAUUGUGCUCCAUCGUCGAACGCAGCUUCUGUCUUGGCGGAUCAUCAACAACUUCAACAUCACGACGACUAUGCUUUUAACCCGGCAGAGCUACUUGCAAGCGGAGGGCAAACAACAACCACAAGUGCUCAAUCUCCGAUCUCGGCGACAAAUGCUCCAUCGCUUAGUCCGAGCGGAGGAUCAGGAACAGGAGCUCCAUCGGGAGCUUUAAGUCCCGGCGCCAUCUCACAAACGUCAAACACAAAUGCAGCUCCCGCAACGACGUGUUGCGAAAAUGGAAGACCCAUGAUAACGGAUCCCGUGAGCGGGCAAACUGUUUGUUCGUGUCAAUACGAUUCGGCGCGCAUCGCCCUCAGUAGCUAUUCGCGGAUACCAACAGCAGCAAGUGUUUAUGGCACGCCGUAUCCAUCGACAGAUCAGAAUCCGUAUCCGAGUAUCGGCGUAGAUAGUUCGGCAUUUUAUUCACCUCUUAGUAAUCCUUAUGGCUUGAAGGAAAGCGGACCAACGGGAGAUAUGUCGGCAUGGACAUCAGCUGGAUUACCUCCAACAACUGGAUAUUAUCCGUAUGAUCCAACAUUAACUGCCUAUGGGUAAGUAGAA